GGCAGAAUUCACGGCCCAGACGGCCCCGUCGUCGGUCGGUGGGUCACGCCGGAGCAGUGUUGACGAGUGUCGGGUGAUCGGUGACAUGUCGGAGACGGAGGAGCGCCGGCACAGGUCACGGUCGCGCGGCCGGCCGGCCAGCGCCGCGCCCGAGCCGCCCGUGAAGCCACGGCGCCGCUGGCGUGCCCGCACCGCCAGUGCGCUGAUCUCGUCGGCUCCGGCGACCAGCAGCGUCCGGCGAGCCAGCGAUCCCAAUGGUACCGAUGAGCCAGGGGCGGGCGGAGAGGGGGCCGGGUGGACCGACGGCGCCGCGGAGCGGUCGGCAGCACCCUCAGACUCCAGUGAGGACGGCAAUGCCGCGCCGGCGGAGGACUGUGAUGGCUCGGAGCACACGGGACGCAAGGUCAUCUCCACAGAGGUGCCCAUCGGCAUCGACCAGCUCUUCGACAUGCUCUUCACAAACUCGGAGUUCUUUCAAAGCUUCUACCGGAAAUUAAAGUACUACGACGUCUCCACCACUGAUUGGAAAGAGGGCGAGAACGGCUGUAAAACCCGGACGAACCGCUUUCUAGUGGAUGUCAUGGGCAAAACAUCAACGUCAACAGUCACCGAGGACCAGACGAUGCUACCCAUCAGUAAGCCGGGCAAGCUGUACGUCAUCAACGCCGAGGUCAAGAACGCCGGCGUCCCAAUGGCGGAUCUGUUCUACACCACCAAACACUACUGCAUCCAUCGAAUAUCCAGCAAACGGACCAAACUGGACGCCUGGUGUCAGACCAAGUUCAGAAAAUCAACACUUCUGAAAAGCUUCAUCGAGAGGACGGCCAACGAGGGCAUGGAGGAGCACCACAACACGCUGGAGCAGAUGCUGACCAGCUGGGUGCAGAGCCCGGACCGGGCGCGUCAGGAGGCGGUGGAUGACCAGCGGCCCCAGAGCGCCGCCGCUGACACACCGACACCGGCCCGGCCGCCCUCAGACGCCCCUGGGGCCGGUCGCGGCCUCCUGCUGCUGGUGCUGGCCCUAACGCUGCUGCUCAUCGGCCUGAACGGCUUCCUGUACGUGCGUCUGUCGCGGCUGGGCAGCCAGACCGAGCUGCUGCUGCACGCCGGACUGCUGCAGGCCGGAAUCAGACCUGACCCAGAGUUACUGGAUCGUCUGACGUCGGUCCAAGAGCAGAACGAACAGCACCGCGAGCAGCUGGCGCGCUGGCAGCAGACGGUGAGGUCGGCGGCGCAGCUGGUCAGGCAGUCGGAGGCCACUCUCACUCAGCUACAGGGCUGGAUGGACGAAUCACCGGAGGGAAAACUCGGUCCCGAGGAGCCACCUGAAGUCCCAGCCACUCUCAGUAGUGCUGCAGUCGCCGAAAACGUACGGCACGGGCCGCCACCAUCGGCAAUUGGUGUGGACUAGUGAACAAUGCAGAAUGUUUGCUGCUAGUGAAGUGUACUGGAAAGUGUAAAGGGACCAUCAAUUGCUUCUGUAUACAGAAAGGCUCAGCUCAAAUACUGAGUUGCUGACUGUAUUUGCUGUCAUUAGUUAUGUUCUAGUCAGUGACAAAUAAAACAUGUUAUGAAAACA